AUGAAUUUCAUAGGAGUGUUUUCUCUGUUUGUCAGUAGCCAGGCAUUUUUCUUCCGCAGCCCACCGAGAAGACAAGUGGUCGAGAAAAAAGACAAGUCUGAUGACGCGCAGCUCGAGAGACAGAAGGAAUUCGAAGAGUUUGUUCGACAAAUGAAAAUGAUGAUGAUGAAAAACCCGGAGAAGCCUGUCAAAUCGAGACACAUGUACAUUUCUCCUCUUUUCUGA